CGCUUCGCGGCCCACGUUUGGGUGCCAAGCCGGAGGCUGCUGGGUUUCCUCGCCAUAUUUUCCUAACGCGUCUGUGGGAGCGGCAACGCCGCCUUCCUCCUCCUCCUCCUCCUCCUCCUCCCCUGGAACAAAGGGCCCGCCAGAGCCCCGCGGGCACCUGCCUUUCCCUCCGCGGAGAGAUGGCGUCGUUCAACCUCGGGGGACUCCACGCCUCCUCACGGAGGAAAAGCGUCCAUUCCCGAAACGCGACUGUCGAGAGGCGGAAUCUCAUCACCGUCUGCAGGUUCUCUAUCAAGACACUGAUUGAUCGAUCCUGUUUUGAAACUAUUGAUGAUUCUUCUCCUGAGUUCAACAAUUUUGCAGCUAUUUUGGAACAAAUUCUAAGCCAUCGACUUAAAGGUCAAGUCACUUGGUUUGGCUAUGAAAGCCCUCGUAGCUUCUGGGAUUAUAUUAAAGUAGCCUGUCGCAAGGUUUCACAUAAUUGUAUCUGUAGCAUUGAAAAUAUGGAAAAUGUCAGUUCUUCAAGAGCUAAGGGAAGAGCUUGGAUUAGAGUAGCACUUAUGGAAAAACACCUGUCUGAAUAUAUUUCCACAGCUUUGAGAGACUUCAAAACAACCAGGAGAUUCUAUGAAGAUGGCGCUAUUGUACUUGGAGAAGAAGCAAACAUGCUUGCUGGCAUGCUGCUUGGACUCAAUGCUAUAGAUUUCAGCUUCUGCCUCAAGGGUGAAGGUUUGGAUGGCAACUAUCCAGCAGUGAUAGACUACACACCGUACCUGAAGUUCACUCAGAGUUCUGACAGUAUCAGUAGUGAUGAAGAAGAACUGAGAACCCUGGGCAGUAGCGGCAGUGAAAGCAGUACUCCAGAAAAUAUUGGCCCUCCUUUCAACAUUGGUGAGAACAGCUGGUACAACAAAUGUAAACGGGUGGAACAGAAAUAUCGACUCACGCUGGAGCAAAAGGGUUAUCUAGAAGAGCUGGUACGUCUUAGAGAGACCCAGUUGACUGAAUCCAUUUCUCAGAAAAAGCUGUUACGUCAGAAGAUAGAAGCUAUGGAUCUCACCCAUAAAAUGGAAAAGGAACAGCUUGAGUACAUCAUUGUGGAACUGCAGGAUCAGCUAACUGUGCUAAAGAAUAAUGAUUUAAGAUCAAGACAAGAAUUAACUACCCAUCUCACCAAUCAGUGGCCUUCCCCAGGAGCUCUGGAUGUUAAUGCUGUUGCCUUGGAUACGCUACUUUAUCGAAAGCAAAAUAAGCAGUGGGAUGAAAAGAGUUUUCACAGUCUGGACCAGCUCUCUGCUGAUGUUAGCCUUUCUCAAACAUCUCUGGAUCCAAGUCACUCACAGGAUGGUGAUGGAAAGCAAGAAGGGUUAAAUUUGCUUAGUGAAGGAAAAGAAGAUACUCCUUCAUUACUUGGUCUCUGUGGCUCUCUGACUUCAGUAGCAAGUUACAAAUCUCUCACAAGUUUGAAAUCCAGUGAAUAUCUUGCAAGCCCUACGACAGAGAUGACAAGUCCUGGACUUACUCCUUCUUGAGCAGAUCUAUGUAGAGAAGGCCUUUUGGAUUGCAUUCAGUUGGUCUUCCUUGGUUUAUUUGCUGUCAAGGAUCAUAAGAGGUCAACCUUAUUUUUUUAGAAUGGCUAACUGUCCUUUUUGGUUUUGGUGUCUUGAUAAAGGACUGUCUAGGAGCAUACUCCUUGACUCCAUGGUAUUCAGUCUAUGGUUGAAUGUACAAUUAAGGCUAUAAAUUGCCUGUAAAAAUGAGGGGGGUUUAUUAUACUAAGUGACAGAUUGUCUCUUUUCUGUAAGACCUCUUGAUCUUCAGAUCAGUGUACUUUAUUGAAAUUCCUUAGAUAUACUGAUAUUUUGAAAGGAUAGCACAAAAAUUGGUGGGUAAGUGUAACAUUUGAUAUUAGCAUACAGGAAUAAUAUUAUACAUAGCAAAAUAUUUGAGGCAUACAAUUGGUCAGAAUUCUACUGGAGUUCAUGUAUACAUUACUUGAUGUGGCCAAUUCCUGCUGAUUGAUUAGUUGUUGGGAUAUGUCUCAGUGUGUCAUGUGCUUAGUUGGACAAUCAAGAUGUGUCCCAGAACAUCAUCAGUUAGUUGGAGUUAGCUGUAGCAAGUUAUGCAAACCUUAUGCGAACAUGAAUAGAAUUCUGGUUACUAUGAUGGAUUUAGAAAAGGAAAACAUGGGCAACUACUAGCCCUCUAACUAAACUUGUAUUAUAUUGUAGACUUCAUUAAUCUAGGUGACUAAAUUAUUGCAUUUGGCAUCUUGACAUAACAAAACUUGUGCAAAAGCAAGACAUUUGGAGAUAGUUUCUAAAUGGCUGUGUUCACAAUACACCUUAAUGUAAAGGCAGGAGAUACUUUCAGAAAAGAGUAAUGUUACUAUUUAUUUAUAACUUCUUUUUGAGAACAAAGUAUCUCUGAAUGGCAAGUGCCACAACUGACUUUGAUGUAAAUGUUUUUGUUAUCUAUUUUUCAUGCUUGGGUUCUGAGCUGUUUGUUUCAUUUACUUUGUAGAAGAACAUAUGAAAAUUCAGAUGUAAGCUGUUAAGUUUCCAAUAAGCUUUAUUUUAUAACAUCUAAACAAUGCAUAUGUUAUUUUUGUAAACUGCGGUUUCAUUUUUGAAGCACAAUCAUCAUGUGUAAUUGUAAGUCAUUUGAUACACACAGGUCCUCUGAAUUUGGAGAGUUUUCUUAAAUCCUUUAUUGUGCCAAAGAAAUUCCAUACUUUGUUUACUAGUGUGCAGCAACAUGGGUAAUCUAGAAGUACAGAUAACUUUGGGACUGUCAUAUAGAUGCCAUAUUAUUUUGCCAAACAGAAAUGUGCCUCCUAUAAGACAUGUUGUACAAUUUGAUUUAUAUGAGAAUGAAUGAAUGGUUUUGACAAGUUUAUUGUGUUGUAUACCGGAGUUAAAUUUUGAAACAAGACAGCAUUCCUGCUCUGCCAAAAGUUUUGUAUUGGGCUGCUUACCUGAUAAAAAUAACUUCAUGCAUGUUAUCUCUUGUAAAAUAGAUACCCUUAAAAAUAUGAGGGACAAACUUGAUCAGUGCAUAUAAGUUCCCAGAGUUGUGUACAGUAAUGCUAGCUGGCUUGUAUGUGAAAAUGUGGACCAGUAUAAUGUAGAUCUAAAACUACUACUUUGUCACACCAGUGACAGAUUGGAGCAGUUGGAUGAAAAUCUUUUGUAGAGCAUAGCUGAAAUGUCUAGAAUGUAUGCGUAAAACCAGUUAACUUGAUAUUUUUGCAUGAAAAGGUUGUUUUUGUUUUGAAAUCUUGCUAAGAUUUCAAAAUUGAAAAAGAAACCAUGCUGUGCAUAUUUAUUGCCCUGCUGUACCAAAUGUUGCACGUCCAUUAAAUAUUUUGUACGAUUA